CACUAAGUGAACCAGUUAUUGAAAGUGCACGUGCACCUGUUUUGGGGAUAUAAUGUUUAGAUUCAUUCACACUUAAACGUAAUGUAUAUAAACCUUACUGGAAAUUGAAUACCUAGUUUGAUCAUCUCUCCAAACGUGUUGACAGGAUUUGAAGUCGAUAGAAAGAAUGACCCAAGAACAGAUGCUCGCUGAGCUGAAGAAGGAUGUGCGCUCUCUCCUCAUGUCGGCUAAAAUGGGCCUAGCCCCCGACCAACUGAAACGGGAUUAUGCCAACAUGGUUGGCCAUCCACUUCCUCUGAGGUCCUUUGGGUUCCGCAACGUGCUGGAUAUGGUCAGGGAGAUGCCUGAUGUGGUUGCCUUGGACUACCUGGCAGAUGGCAGCUUGGUGUUAAAAGCUAUUUCAGACGACAGCACACGAGGCAUUGAAGAGCUGGUGGCCAGGCAACGCGUCGCCAAAGGCAAGACCUCCAACCGAAGGGGAGGCAUGGCCUUCUUCUCCCCCCGCUACCUCCACCGCGCUGGUCCCAUCACCCCCAUGGUGCUGCCCAGGCGGGGAUGGGCUCCACCGGCCCUCCCCGCCCAGCUCCGCACCCAGCUCCGCGUGCUGCUCUCCCAGGGGCCCAUCAGCCUGUCGGCGCUGGAGGUCUCCUUCGCCCGCUGCUUCGGACAGCCGCUGCGUGUCACCAACUACGGCUUCUACUCCGUCGCCGAGAUGCUGGGGGCGGCGGCGGACAUGGUGGCGGUCCAGCAGGGCCGGUCGGGCUCCGUGCUGAGCCUGAAGGGGCAGCCGCCGGUCACGUCCCGGGUCAGGACCCAGCCGGCGAGGACGCCUUCCCUGAAGCCUCCCAAGCCGGCCUUGACAAUUGAGGCGGUCGUGAGUCCAGCGGUGAAUUCGCAAGCUCCAGUGGAAAGCCCCAGGCCGCCGAGCACUCAGAACCAUGUGGCGUGUCUCUCCAAAGCCCCGCUCUCCAGAAGCCCCUGCCCAGGGGCCACAGAGAGGGGCCAGCACAGCCCAGGGGCCACAGAGAGGGGCCAGCACAGCCCAGGGGCCACAGAGAGGGGCCAGCACAUGGAGCCCACCGCACCUGAGCCCCAGCCUUCCUCUGAGGACCAGCUGUUCCAGAAAUGUAUCAUCAAGCUUGAGCAGGAAAUGCAGCAGUGCAUCCUGGAGAAUGGACAUGCAGGCACAGUCAGCUCAGAGCUGAAGACCAGGCUCCGACAGGUGGUCAGUCAGAACAGUGAAGGAAUAUCUGUACAUGAUCUCCCUUCAGAAUACAAGAGGGCGUUUGGGGAGGAGCUACCCGUGAUACAGAGUGGCUUUCUGAGCGUGACGGAGAUGGCGGGCGCUCUGAACGACACGCUCCACCUCAGACCCGUGAAGGAGGGCGAGGGUGUCCGCUGGAUGGUCGCGGACAUCAAACACGUCAGCCAAUCCCAGCCAGAGCCCAGCGGUCCUGGUGGAGAUGAGAGUGGGGAGGGCCUCAACCCGUCCAGAGCAGGGUACUACCUCAGCUCCAAGGAGUCCCCCUGGGAAGGCCCACAGAGUGACCCUGUUGCCGAGGACGAUGACCCCCCAGGGUGUGACGAGGCGCUUGGCAUCACCAACAAGACCUACCACCAGAUGGCAGAUCCGUACCCCACCAUGCGGGUGAUCACGGGUGGCGAGGCGCUGGUGCCCCCCGACGCCCUUCGCGGGCAGCGCUUGCGGGCGCCCACCCGCAGAAGCCCCCGGGCCCUGGUGCCCGUGCUGGUGGAGUGGGUGGAGUCGCCCAGCCACUUCUACCUGCGCUUCGACGAGAACCAGGAGACCCGCGCCCUGGAGAACAUGAUGAUGGAGAUGAGGAGCUGCUACACCUGUCCCAAGGUGUCGGAGCGCUACCACCUCCCCCCGCGCUACGUACGGCGGGGCCAGGCGUGCUGCGUGGCGCCCAGGGACAUGUGGUUCUACCGCGUGGUCAUCCACCGCGUGCUCAGCGACACCCAGGUCGAGGUCUACUACGUGGACUUUGGAGACCUCACCAGCGUGGACCGGGCCAGCCUCAAGUUCCUCAAGUCUUGUUAUUCUGAGCUCCCAGCACAAGCAGUCCCCUCGUGUCUAGUUGGAGUCAAGCCUAUCAGAGCCGAGUGGAGCGCCGAGGCCACCGGCUCCUUCCAGAAGCUGUGCUGUGAGCGCACCCUGGUGGCCGCCCUCCACAGCUACCAGCGGGACGUCCUGCAGCUGUUCCUGUGCGACACGCACACGGAGGAGGACGUGUACGCGCACAGCGCCCUGCAGGACCAGGGCCACGGCCUCCACUGCAGCUCCGCCGCCAGCGCCGCGCACUGUGGCCAGUUGAACCCUGUGACCCUGUACCUCGGGGAGGGCGUGUUUGAUGAAGGGAUGGAGAUAGAGGACGAGCCGGGCCCAGCAGAGCCCAGCCUCGACAGCCCCACAACUCUACAACCCAGCCCCUCUCCCUCCCCACCGCUGAAGGCUCCUUAUCCUGACCUUGACGACCUUCCAGAACUGGAGGUCUUCAAGGAACUGAACUCCCAGGUCCAGGAUCACAAGCUGGACCAGUUUGAGGUGCUGAGGAGGGAGGAGCCAGUCCUGUGCUGCAGCGUCUGGGACCAGGCCUGGACACCGGACCCUGAUCCCAGAGAGCCCAAGACGGAACCUAGUUACCAUAGAGACGCAGCCGAGCUGAGCCCGGCCCUUGUGGCGCCCCCCCAGCCCUCCAGCCUCCCAGCCCCCCAGCCCUCCAGCCUCCCAGCUCCCCAGCCCUCCAGCCUCCCAGCCCCCCAGCCCUCCAGCAUCAGGACUCUCAGCCUCCACACCCCUGAACUGAUGGAGUCUCAGAGCUGCUAUUACGGUCUGCCUUUCACUCCUGUCCGCUCGCCCACCAAGUUUAUCUUCCCUCUGUUUGGGAGACUAGGCUAGUCUGUGCCACGCCAUGAGACCUGCUCGGGAAGCUGGGAAGCUUGUGUGUUUCCGAAUGGUCGGAAACUUGUAGAACUGAUUGUAUUUCAUAUGUGUUUGUGUUAAUUGUUCAGUGGUUUGAGAAGAAACCUUUUUUUUUCGAAUUGUACGUUCAGAAACAACUAAGAAAAUGACAGCCGUUGAUUUUAUUUUUUUUACACAUCUCAUUGUAUCCCUUCAGCUGUGAAGUCCCUUAACUUUCUGAGAACUGUUUUGUUUUGCUUAUUUUGUAAACAUGAGAAUCGUCUUCAUUUUACAACCUC